AUGUUAAAACCGGAGUUAUACGGAGUUGUAAAAUCUAACAAGGACAAGUACAAGAAAUUAAGCGUAGACAGACUAUUGGCAGAAUAUAACCAUGAAGUAAUUCAUCUACCUCCGUAUCACCCAGAUCUGAAUCCUAUAGAGAUGGCAUGGGCUGCGAUUAAAGAGUACAUAUCCAGGUACAACGUUACUUGUCCCACCAAAGGAGUGACUGAAUUAAUUAAAGAAACUGUAGAGUUAAUGGGUGCAAGCGAGUGGAGUAUGUUCUGCGAAAAAGUAAGAAGUAUUGAAGAGGAGUACAAACGAAGUGAUUAUGUGAUUGAUAGUUUAACAGAGGAAUUGAUUAUUCGAGUUAAUGAUGACUCCGAUAGUGAUAGUGACUUUAGUGAUAGCGAUGACGAUGAUAGUGAUGAUGAUGGGAAUCCAACUUCCAGCACCUACUAG